AUUGAAGCUAUCCGUCGCCUCUACUUCCAUCCCAUCGCCCACAUUCCAGGUCCCCGCCUCGCCGCUCUGACAUGGUGGUACGAGUUCUAUUUCGACGCCAUCCAGCCCGGGCAGUACGUCUUCAAGAUACAAAAGCUGCACAGGCAAUAUGGCCCCAUCAUCCGAGUCACUCCCGACGAGAUCCACAUCAACGACGUCGGCUUCCUGGACACCGUCUACGCUCCAGCAACGGCUCGACGGGACAAAUACGACUAUCAGCUGCGGAGCCUGCGCAUUCCCGGGGGAGUGGGCACCACCGCCGACUAUCACCUGCACAAAUUGCGACGGGAAUCCCUUACCCAUUUCUUCAGCAAGAAGAACAUUCUGUAUCUGGAAGGGUUGAUCACAGAUAAGGUGGAGCAAUUGAAGCAAUUGACCGCGACUCAUGCCCAUAACAUAACCACCAAGACCAACAAAACCCAACAGCGAGUCCGCAACGAACUACUCACCCUCACGCACACCAAAGCAUCAGCCCACACCGCCGCUAAACCCGCGGGCCCAACAGGAAAAGAAUCCGUCUUCGACUCCGUCCGCGACAACGCCAACCUGCCGGACACAGAAGGCACCCUGCUCGCGCUAGCGGGGGCCGAGUCGCCCGCGUAG